GCUCAUGUGGAAUAUAUAUAGGUUACAUUCUUAAAAAAGGAUUAGCCUAUCAUUCAUUCAAAAUUUUAAAAAUAGUUGUUUCGAAUUACAUUACUGGGGAACUGUGUCCUGCCUCUACACAAUAACAUGACUCCUUGUCUUUCCUCACCAAACGAGAACCGUAUAGUUAGAUACUCCAGGGUGGUUUAGGGUGGGAAGGAUAGUAGGCUGCGAGUGUCUCAAGCGGGUAUAAGGACAUUGCAAGUCAAUGCAAACUGAUUCCCCAUUUAAACUUUCUCGGACAGGCGAAAGUUAAAAUGGGGAAUAUGUCAGUCACGCCGAUUCAUUUUGGAGAAAAAUAUUAUUUAAAACAUUUACUUAAAACAUUAAGUACAUAUUGCUCCUUUGACCUUUUACAUGUUGAAAAGGUCUAGAUCACUUUAGUAGCCUAAUAAAUGCACAUUCGGGGACCAAAUUAUUUUGGACAGGCAUUGUAAUCUUUACGAAAUGGUCAUUAAAAAAAGAUAAGAUAUUGGUGUUGGCUAUUUUAUAAUGUGUAUUCCUCGAAAAUCCUUUCUGCCGCUAUGUAAAUUACAGGAUUAUGUAGACAGCCUCUCAGAAGUUAAACGGUUAAUUGGAAUCGAAAUCGACCCCUAGGCCAAUUCACUUCAAUACACAGGAAGAGAAUGUGCGAAAACGUUUGAAGUGACCAGGCUUUUUCCUGUACACUGGACAACUAAUAAUAUAUAAUUAGAUCAUAGUUAUUGUUGACUAUUCUAAUCCUAAUCCAACCAUUGUCCAAAUAUUCAUGUCUCACAAAAGAAAGAGUAUAGCUUUUUUCGGCUACUCACGACUGAAUCCACAUGCAAAGGAAUGCGUGAAAAGUGUGGCAGACGAUAACGUCUGUCAUAUAACAUACACAUUUAGUUGGGCAACAUUGGAUCAAUUGUAUUUGUCAUAUUUGGCCAAUAUAUUUUUGCCUACAACAGGACAACAACUGGGAAUGCAUUUUAACAAAUACAAAUCACGGGUAAACGUGGAAGGCCUCUGUCUAGGCCUGGGCUAUAUUGAUUGAUUCUGUCCGGUGUCGAACCAGGUCUGCCAGUGUUCCAAUGUGUCUCUGCGGGGUGCAGGCGAUUGCCCCCGGGACGAGAUCUGACAGUCUGACACGGGGAGUGUCAGACGAUAGCGACAACGGAAACAGCAGGUUUAAUACCACAGCCCUUUCAUCUGUUUCUUGUCAUUACGUGGCAACGUCACCACCAGCAAUUGAGGAUUACAGUGGAGAGCACCGCACAGCUAUAGGCCAAAUCACACCUGAAUGUGCGCAGAUUGACUCUGGGUGGUUCAUGGGCGGGAUUGGGAUUGAGGGGUUCCUAUUGUAACAUAUAUGAGACCGCACAGCUUCCAGCACUAAGAGCAUCCCGUACGCGUUACCUCCGGACAAAUUGAUGAUCACCAGAUCUGAGCCGUAGAAGUACGUGAAGACAUGGCGCUCUUCAUGAAUCAAGAACUGACUUCACACAGAAUGACUGCCCAUAAAACGCUGAAUUUUACGUCUCUCUUUGAUGACCAAGAUCAAUGUAAAGGCGUGAGGAAUGAAAACGAGCUUCCAUCACCCGAAACUGAGAGAGGCGGCUUUACGGAGGCCCAAAGGAAGCGCAAAAGAACCAUCUUCAGUCGCGCGCAAUUGUCUGAGUUGGAACAAGCUUUCGCCCUGACGCCAUACCCAGACAUUACUCUACGUGAACGUUUGGCAGCCCAUACGCAUCUGCCUGAGAGCAAGAUACAGGUAUGGUUCCAAAACAGACGUGCAAGAAGUAUUAAGAGUGGAAGGCUCACCAAAUCCAUCCAAACUAUAAGAGAUGCAACGUGCCAAUCUCGCUCAACAGUCCCCUGCCCCGGUCCCUCCUUCGCCCCAAUGGCGGAAAUGUUCCGACCAGACCAGAGUGAAGACGGGCAACAUUUCUACUCUGAUUGGAUACGUCUCUACAGCAACCCUGUAUCUGAUCAGCCAUCGUCAGUCUCCCCAAACCUGUCAGAAUCUCUACUAUGGGAGGGAGACCGGCAGUCUCACCUGGCCUCCACUGCUGUCACUGCACCCAUCGGAAGACAAGACCUCUCCUCACGCCAAUACCGAGAUGGAUUCUCCCAGCCCAGCAUCGGCACCUCAGGGUACAGAAACCUCAAGUCGCAGACUCUGACAGGCUCACAGGCCAGAUGUGAUCCUCAGACCUCAGUGGACCAGGUGGUCCCCUCCCAUUCACAACCGAUGUACUGGGAUGUGACUCAGGGGCAGAGCGAUCAGGCCCAGGCGGGCCCCCAGACCUCCAUGGGAUACAUCUCGGAUCUCAUCUACAAUGCUGCAAUUGUCACCAAUUUCCUGGAGUUCUAACGUGCUGUCUCGUGCGCACCUGUUGCGUGGUGGGCCCAGAUCUAUUUGUUCUGUCAUGUCUGGAGUUGGCGCCACAAACACAGGCAGAUGUAGGCUUUAGUGCUUUCCCUGCGCGUGUUGUCUUUCCCUAGAAAAUGGCUAGCAGUUGUGACUAAUUGUUUUUGUGCUGCUGUUAAAUGUGAGCGUUAUAUUGUGUCUUUUAUUAACUUGUGAAUAGUUGUGACAUGUUAGUUUUUUUUUCAUCCAAAAAGCAAUACGCUGAUUAAUUUCAACAUAUUUAUGAUUUAGAAGUUGAAUUACAACAAUAAUAUAUGGUUACGGAGAAGGGCUAUUUCGAUAUUAUUUUGUAGGUUGUUUGAUGAGCAAGCAGCAUUCUGCUGAGUACAACAGGACCCAUCGGCAUAAGAUAAUGUACAUAUAUGUUUAUUGAGGUAUUUGUAUUUUACCUGACAUUGUUUCAGCUCUGUAGAGAUAUCUGUUUGUCAUUCUUGGUGGGUUUUGGUCAACCUUUAUUGUUUCCAGUAGUAUAAUCUUUCAAAAUAUCCCGAUUAAAAUGAUUCAUUGCUGGAGCAUACCACAAAAUAUUUUUUUUCUCAAUAAA